AUUGAUUUCAAGUGUGCCGACGCAGAGAGGUGUAGUCAGGACGACGCGCAGAGCAGCUCUGCUCCAGCUGAGGACCCGCUGAUUCUGAAUCCCACAUGGAGGUGAAAGAAGCUGUGCUGUGCAGACACCUUUAGGAGGAAGUACCAAGGACAAAUAUCUCACACAAAGAAGGCUCACAACUGCCGGUAAACAUGAAGGUGCAAGUGGUUCUACCUUUGACAAUAGUCGCGUCUGUGGCUUUGAUGGGGCUCAUGAAAAUCCGGAAAAGGGAGCACGACAAACAACAUCAACGGAUCAAUUUUGCGGGUGUCAAGCUUCGGGUGACCAGCGACGUGCUGGGAGAGUAUCAAUCCGAGAAGGAUUAUUCUCAGGUGGAGUUGGAUACAGCCCAGAAAGAAACCUCAGCGCUGGAUGGAGCCGUGAAAAUGGCCAAGGACAAAGCAGAUAAGACUAAGGGUGAACUGGAUAUCUGCAAUCAAGGCAAGACUGCUAUAACAGAUGAGCUGGCAGUACUAGAGACAGAAUUAAAAAAUCUCCAAGCUGCAAACGACAAGGAGGAGGCCAGCUGGAAAUCAGAAGUGCAAACACUUAAAAGUCAACUCGAGGCACAGAGCCCAGUGUGUAACUUUUUGAAAAAAGGAAUACACCUAGAAAGCCAAUUGUGUGGACAAGACCCUAAAAAGGAAGAGGCAGAAGCCGCUAAAAAAGAGGAGCCGAAGGCAGAGGCCGCAAAGCAAGAAGAGCCGAAGGCAGAGGCCGCUAAGCAAGAGGAGCCAAAGGCAGAGGCCGCAAAGCAAGAAGAGCCGAAGGCAGAGGCCGCUAAGCAAGAAGAGCCGAAGGCAGAAGCUCCUGAAAAACAAGAAGUCUAAAGUAGAGGCCGUUCACUGUCACAUGUUUUACAGGUACAGACAGAAGUCCAAAGUAGGACUAUUAUUAAUGAAUAUUCCUCUUCAAGCUAAUAUUUAUUUUUAUUCAACAAAAUGAUGAAGAAUGAAGAUACGUUUUGUUGUUGGUCACAUGUUUUUGUAUGUGUUUGUGGUGGUGUGAAAUUCUUUGUAAUAAACAGGCUAAGAUACAAAUAUUUUGUGCCGGCUAGGUUCAAGAAUUCACACACAGUUCCAGUCUCUAAAAGGUAAUGUGUCUCCUCUGCAGCUCAGCAGCAACAGUGACUGUCUGCCAUAAUUUAGUGUGGCACAAGGAAAAUAAAAUUUGCCUUGCUGCACACCUACGUUGUUUUUUGUUUUUUUUAAGCAUGUCAUAUGUAUGUGGUGGAAAAAGUACUAAACUCUUGAAAGUAACAGUAAAUAUUUAAAAUAAAACUCAAUUACAAGUAAAAGUCCUCUAUUUGAAUUUUAACUUAAAAGUACAGAAGUAUUUUGCACUAAAAAGAAAAGAUACUCAUGCAGAAAUAAUCCAGUGUACAUACUGUACUGCAGCAUUUUAAUCUUUAGAUUAUUUUACAUAGUGUUGUUUCGUUAAGAUAUAAAAAUAGAUUACAGUUUUUAAGUUGAUCAUAUUAUUUUUUUAAAGUUAGAAACUCACAGAGCGCCUCCAGAGGAAGGGAUGUCCUGAUUACAUAUGUUUGCUUUUAAUAUUGAGCCAAACCAAACCAACCAAAUCCAAUCCAACAUUUGUUAAUUAUUAUAUUUAUUUCACAUUAUAACUGCAAACACUGGGAGUAACAUUUACUUUUACAUAAGAUAUAACCUGUACCUACGUAUAGUUUCCUGUGAUUUUUAUAUAGCGCGCAAUGUACUUUGUGUAAUGUGUAUGCAGCGUGAGUGUGAUGUCUCAAUCUGUCACAAAAAUAACCAAUAGACCUAAAGAUAAUACUCCUUGAUCCAGGGAGGUUAUACGUUUGCUGACCUGUUCCUUGUUCCUUUAUUUGAUCACUGUUCAUAUGUGCCCACAUAACACACUGUACACAAGAGAAAGGGCGUGGGGCUUAACAGAUGUGAGGUUGAGAAAUAUUUAACCACAAACCUUGUAUCCUGGUUGCACAGGUAAUGAUUAAUACAUGCAAACUAUGUGACGCAUAAUGUUGGCAGGCAUCUCUGUUUUUUGCAUAUUAUCUGAAGCACAUUACACUUUUUUGGUCUUUAGUUUUUGUCAUUUAUUUUCCUCUGUUACCUCCAACGCUGACACACAGAGAUAGGUAUUGAAUAAUCGUUGUUAACCUUGUCUGCCUCUCUUUUUCUUAGUGACCAUGCCUUAGGGUUUGUGUGUUUGUGUUGGUGUGUAUGUAUGUGAGAAAGGGAGACCAAAGCACUGACCAAUCAGAGAAGCCAAAGCCCUUUGUCUGUCACUCUCUAUAAACUUCACUUAUCCUGGUGGAGCUCCGGCUGUACAGUUUAUCUUCUGGCUCAUUUUUUACUUCUGUUGUUGUGUAAAUUUUCAAUAAA